GAGAUCCAUUUAUUAAUUGGGUGACUCUUUGAAAAUUCUUCCUAUAUUUUAUCAGCAAAGUAGUGCCAACCCACUAACCCAAAUAUUUCUCCUCCAUUUUCCUCCUUUCUUUUCUUCCUCGAGAAUACCGAAACUCUAUUGUUACAUUUAAUGGCGCUACAAUUGGAGAAUUUGGUAGAAUCGAUAAAAUCGAAGGUGAGGAAAUUGAAGAAAUCGAAGAAACCGUAUAUCAAAAUGGACAAAAGCUCGAGUGUGAGAGUGGAGAUUCGCAGCAAAAAGGCACGUAAGCUCAUUGACAAGACUCUUCAAGCUGCUGAUCAUCCUGGCAAGAGUAGCCUCUCUUAGUACUUCAUUAAAUUAAGAGUCGUUUUGGAAAAAUGAAAAGUUUCUUUGUUUUGUGUAUGUAUAUAUAUAUAUUAAAAAGUUGCAGAGAAAAAUGGCCGUUUCUGUGUUCCGAUGGUCGAUGUCGGCGUUUGUGAUUUGGGAACCGUUUCGGUCUUUCUUUUAAUUUUUCUAUUAAUGAGAAAAAGGAUUAAAUGUUUGGGUUAUUUUUCUUUUUAA